UGGCCCGCCGAGGCUGCCAGUCAGAGGAGCUGGGAGUCAGGCACUGCUAGGAGAGCAGAUUAUGAAGCGGAGCUCAACCAGCGGCAGUCUCCUUUCAUUGUCUCAAUGGCUGCACACGCAUUCCUCCUGUGCUCCCUCGCCGCGCUGUCCGCUCUCAGCCGGCCCGGGCUCUCCUUUUCUGAGAAGGAGGAUCAGCCUGGAUUCUUCUUUGAAGAAGUGCCUAAAAUCAUGGACAGAAGCAAAGAGAACCCCAAACAAGCAACAAGAGUCACAGCAAGUCAAGAUGGUGGGUACGGCUUGGAGAGUGAAGAGGUUAUUUUGACGCCUGAAGAUGAAAACCCACUCAGGAGAAUACUGCAGCCUUUUAACUGGCAUCAGCCAGGGAUGUAUCACAGUAAGAGGAAGCUGCUCCAAUCUCUUCUGGGGCCUUAUGGCCCACUGAGCGUGUCUUACAAUGGGAAGACCUGCAUUCUGUUCAAGGCAAAGCGGCUGGCAAUUCGCUACAGAAACCAAACUUUUAUUGACCUCACUGAGAAGGUCUUUAACACAAAUUCACCUGUGGACACCAAAGGCUCCAUCUGCACCAAGGAGAAAGCGACGCUUUCAUUAAAGUUUGGUGAUGUGGAGGACUUGCGAGGUCUAGUAAUCAGGCUUCAAAUGUCAAACACUUUCUACGAAGCAGCUGGUCAAAAUUGGUUCACACUAGACAGUGUGCACAUCCACUACAACUGGACCCAGGAGGCCACGUUUAACGCCAGCGAGGUCUACGCUCCGGCCACUUCGUCCUACCAUUGCCAGCACGUCAGCAGCCUGCACAAAUACGACACGCUGCUAGUGCCCAGCUCCCACACGGACACAUCCGCUAACUGGCACAUCACUUUCACUGACUUCCAGAUCCAGGCAUUCAACGUGCAGUCAGACAAGUUUGCGUCGGCCAGUGACUGCGCCACUUUUCUGACGCCCGCCAUCCUGAUGGGCUUGGUGACGUCUCUGAUCCUGCUCCUCGUCUUGGCCUACGCCCUGCAUAUGGUGGUACACCUCAAGCACAUCGACCGCUACGAGGAGCACAAAGCAACCGUCUACUUUCCCCGUAGUCCAGAAGCCGAGUUGCCAGACAAGAACAGCCUGUGAAGGGAAAUGGAGAGCCGGAGAACGACAGGAGAGAGGGGGAGGGAAAGCUGAGAAGCGAGGCAGAGGGGAGCGCAAGUCAACAUAAGAGUGAAGAAGUAUCCUCCACAGAAUAUUUGUUCAACAAAAUGACAACUUUGCCUGUUCAUAUGAAAACCUUGUUCAUUUUAAUUACUUUAAGUAAAUGCAGACCGUGGUUGGAUACUUUUUCUUCUCUUCUCUUUGACCUGCAUCAUGGCAUCCAGAUUCUGAAUGAAGCCUUUGGAUGUUCCAGCAUCUCCCUGAGAUAUGGUUCAUGAUCCUGAUGUCAAAGGUCAAGGACAGUCCCGGGGGCCCCGAGCGGCAAGGACAUAUACAGGACUUUACCACAGUCAGCCAUUAAAACCACAAAAGGCUAGCUAACACAGCUACCAUCAGAUGCUCAUUGUACGUAUGUAUUACAUGGCUUACAAGUGUCAUAUUACAAGCUUCCAUCACACACAUUGUCUUUCCAGCUUUCAUUACAGUGUACUUUGUCUGAUACCGCUGCAAGAAUUAUAUACUUCAAACAGUCAGUUCUAUAGCUGAAAUAGCCGUAUUAGCUGCAUGCCAUACAAGGCUGGUCUAUCUGGGCUAGUACAGUGUUUCCUAAUAAUAAGGAUUACACAGAGUCUUGCAUGGGUUGCAGCUUAAAUUGAUUAAAUAUGGCACAAAGUAAAUGAGCUUGUAAAGCUUUUGAGUGAAAGGGAAGAGAAAUAUUGGGAGCCACUGGUCAAGCAUCUGGCCGGAGGGAGAUGGACCAGCAACACGGGCACUUAGGAGCCUCUGGAGUGUCUCAGCCCACCCCUGAACAAAGACUGCUGCUUGGGACUUAACUGUGAAAUUGCUUUUUACAGACCGCAGGUCAGAUAAAGUGGGGCGGGAGGGGGAGUGUGG